GCGGCUUCUACUCAAGAUGAAGUGGUCAUGAUACCCUCCUCACUUCAUGACAAGGCCGAAGCUAACGACUCCUUAGUCACCCCGCAGACGUAUCUAGACCAAACUAUGCUUUGUACGUUAGAUGUGUCUGAAGCCUUAGAAGACUUAGAAGGCGAAUGGUCAAACAAGGAUCCUCGGGAGUCUUGGGUGGCGCUAAAGAAGGGUCCUAGAGGGGAACAUUUUCUGGUGGAAGUGGAUGUAGGAGGCCGCAAAUGUGGUGCCUUCAUCGACAUCGGAUCCACACGGAAUUAUAUAAGUCGCGACUGUUUGGAAAGGCUGCACCUACAGGACCGGGUACGGCACCUUAGUAGACCAGUAGCAUCUACUUUGGCCAACAAGGAGCGCAUGAUAGUGACGGACUACAUCAAGGACGUAGUCUGUACCUUCUCCUAUGGAGGAGGUGAGCUUAACCAUAAAAUCUCGUUCUUGGUUAGCGACGACUUGCCAUUUGAUAUGCUGUUAGGCAUGUACUACCUCGAAGUUGCUAAGCCCCAGCUCAACUGGGAUAAGAAGGUGCGCAAACACAAGUUGCUCAAUGACCGAACUGUCAGAUUGACCAAGUUCAAGGCCAGUAGUAUUAUAGAUACCUAUGGCUGCUUGUGCGCAUCCGCGUUCUACAACUUCUAUAAGCAAAACCAAGAGGAGGGUAUGUACCUUGUUUAUGUCUCUAAGAAAGGGGAGGCCGUUAAAACACCCCCAGAGAUAGAACGCGUCGUUGCUAAGUUCCCCGAUCUAUUCGAAGAGCCCUCAGGAGUUGUUGAUAGGGAAGUCGUCCACGCUAUAGAAAUCAUUCCAGGGAGUAAGACCCCAAAGGGAAGGUUCUAUAGGAUGGCCCCUGUCGAGUUAGAUGAACUUCGGAAGCAACUAAAGGAGCUGACAGAGAAGGGUUGGAUUCGGCCUAGUACUUCCCCUUACGGAUCACCCGUUCUGUUCGUACCUACAAAGGGGGGUACUUUGAGGACGUGCAUUGAUUAUAGAGGCCUCAAUGCCAUCACUGUGAAAAACGCAGAGCCUCUACCGCGCAUAGCCGACCUAUUGGAUAGGGUGCAGGGAUGCAAGUACUAUAGCAAGAUAGACUUGAAAUCCGGAUAUCACCAGAUCGCAAUAAGACCUGAGGACCAACACAAGACAGCUUUUCAAACCCAUUAUGGUCUGUAUGAGUUUGUAGUCAUGCCCUUUGGUCUUUGUAAUGCGCCGGGUACGUUCCAGCACACUAUGAAUCGGAUCUUCCAUGACCAUUUAGAGAAGUUUUUCGUGGUCUACUUAAACGACAUUCUGAUCUUUAGUAAGUCUGCCGAGGAGCAUGCACAACAUGUUGAGAAAGUACUCUCACUCCUGCGACAGCACAAGUAUAAGGUCAACUUAGAGAAGUUCGAAUUUGACCGCACUAAGAUACUAUACUUGGGUCAUGAAGUAUCCGCGGAGGGAAUUAGGCCGGAAGAUGCGAAGGUGGCUAGUAUUCGAGACUGGCCACGACCUCAGAYWGUCACUGAGGUCARAUCAUUCUUAGGAAUGUGCGGCUACUAUAGGAACUUCGUMAAGAACUAUUCUACAGUCGCCUCUCCUUUGACUGAUCUAACUCGACUUGACACACCAUGGAACUGGAGUGAUGAGUGCGAGGGUGCUUUCAAGAGAUUGAAGCAUGCACUCAUGAAUCAUGAAGUUCUCAUGGUUCCCGAUCCGCARAAGCCAUUCAUAGUGACCACUGACGCAAGCCAAUACGGCAUUGGCGCAGUGCUGGCUCAGCAGGAUGGGAAAAAGUUGAGAUCGAUUGAGUACAUGAGUAAGAAGAUGCCAUCGAAGAAGUUGACUAAGUCCACCUACGAAAGGGAACUCUAUGCUCUCUACAAGGCACUUGUCCAUUGGAGACACUUCCUUUUGGGAAGGUUCUUCUACCUGAGGACUGAUCAUCAGACCCUCAAAUGGAUCAAGACUCAACCGGCUCUUUCUGAUACACUCAAGCGAUGGAUUGAGGUCAUAGACCAAUAUGACUUCAAGCUUGAGUACCUGAAGGGAGAGUACAACAAGGUUGCAAACGCGCUAUCCCGUAGAGCAGACAACCUAGGUGAGCUAGUUUCUGACUUUGGCGUAUCUAAUGAAUUAACUCAAUCAUUGGUGGGAGCCUAUCAAGAAGACCCUGUCACGAUGGACAUCAUCCGCAAACUUCAGGCAAAAGAUAAGGCCACGGAAAGUGAGUUUGUGAUGGUGGACGGGUUACUCUAUCUUGAUAAGGCCGGAAUAAAGAGAUUGGUAGUUCCAUCUAGUGAACAGUUGCGUAGUUUGUUUUUAGGCGAAUGUCAUGACGCAACCGGRCACUUUGGCUAMAAAAAGACGAGUGYUAACUUMAUACAGCGAUUUUGGUGGCCCAGRAUGUUUGAUGACRCAAAGAAGUACGUUGAGACCUGUCAGGUCUGUCAGCGGGACAAGCCGCGAACUCAAGCACCGCUUGGGUUGUUGAAACCUUUACCUAUUCCUGAUGGUCCAGGAUUGAGUGUUUCCAUGGAUUUCAUGGACACCCUAGUGACCAGCAAGAGUGGUAAGAGGCACAUUUUCGUCAUCAUCGACCGAUUCACCAAAUACGCUAGACUAGUACCAAUGCCAGAGACAGCCAGGAAGGAAUACAUCAUCAAGUUGUUCAAGGACAACUGGGUAAGGGACUUUGGUUUACCAAAGACCAUCAUUAGUGACCGAGACAUCCGAUUCACAAUUGAGCUGUGGAAGAAGACUGCUGAACAGAUGGGCAGUCAACUUCAAAUGACUUCAGGGAAUCAUCCUGAAGCCAACGGACAGGCAUAACAAAUGAAUAGAGUUGUACAAC